AUGCUGUUCUUUUCGACAGUUCUUGUUGUGUUCGGUAUUGUUUCAGUGUCUCCAAUAAAAAAUAUCGUGCAACAAUUACCGAUGAAAUUGAUAGAGAACCUUGGCCAGGAUGUACAACCCAUAGUAGAAGCCUCGAACAACCUUUCUACGGAUGGAUACCUUGCCUACCCUGGACAAUUCCCGUACCAUGCUCGGUUGUUUGUCAACCGUGAUGGAGUAGCUGGUAUUAUCUUGAUUGACGGUUCUCUCAUCACACCGAAUUACAUCCUUACGAGAGCAAAUACCAGAAACAGAAGCACUUAUGGGUAUGCAAUUUUGGGUAUCGAUGAUGGAAGCCGCCCAGAAACGCAGCAGCAAAUCAACUUCACCCAAGGUGGUAUGCAGAUACAUCCCAUCCACGACAUCGCUACAGUUCGUCUAGAUCAUCCAGUUACCUUCACGAAGUUUGUGCAGCCUAUUCGUUUGCCCAGACUAUUCGACUCUCGCACGUAUGAGAUGAUGGAAGGCACCAACGUUGGAGAACUGGUCGGACUAUUGAGAUAUGUUCGGAAUCAGGUUAUAUCGAACGAAGUCUGCAAUGAGCAACAUCCUCUUGCAUACAUUUCUUCAUACCAUAUUUGUACGAACGCAUAUGUAGGAGGGGCAUUCUGCAGCAGAUCACAUGGGUCUGGAUUGAUCAUUGAGGAUGAGACAAUUCCUAUACUAGUUGGAGUUACAACUUUAAUGUACAAGUGUUCUGUAAACUAUCCAGUAGCAUAUUUACGUGUUUCAGAGUUUCGCGACUGGAUCAGUAUGAACUCGGACUAUGUGUUUGAUGCUUAA